GUCAAAACUUCCUCAUUACUAGAUGAGUUAAUUUCACCAGACUGUAUCCGCUAAUCCACUUAAAGACAUCGAUUACUUUCAUUCGACGUGCUUACGUCAUUAACUUGCGAAGUUAAUUUGACGCGGAAUUUUACAAUUUGUAAGAAUAUGGUGGAGCAUAUACAUGAUGAUUACUCGUUCAUUGGAAGCUCACGCUAGUACAACGUAAGUACUUUUCAAACGACUUUCGUAGCAGUGAUUUUCACAAAUAUCAUAAAAGCAUCUCAUCUCUACACUACGGUCUGUAAUAGUGGUGCCUCCUGCUGUCAGUCAAGCGACAUUGACAGUUCGAUUGAGAGGUUAGAAAAAAUAAUGAUAAAUGCCAGCCUGAGGAGCCUCAAUAUCUAUCAGAAUAUUUUGAAUAAAAUCUACCGAAGUGCUAGAGUUCUUCUGAAAAUGCCGCCACAGUCUGCACUUGAACAAGUAAAACAAAAUACAAAAAAUGCAAAACAAACCAUUGAAGAGCUAAAAAAUGAGUUAAGGGUUAUCAAUGAGAGAUAUAACGCUCUUUUGGCUGAACAACUUCGUACUGAAAAUGCAGCACUCCAACUUGCUGUAGAACAGGCAAAGGAGAAGCUGAUCAAGUUGGAGACACAAAAUGGUAAAAAGCAGAUCCCGGUGCCUAAUAGAAACCAUGAAACUGAGCAGGAUGUUCCUGAAAAAGUAGUGGACCAAGCAGAACCUCCUAAACAGCACCAACCAAAAGAAGCUAAAGAGAAAAAAGAAAGGAAAGAGAAAAAGGAGAAAGAAGUGCCUGUAGAAGCACCUGUGAAUGUGGGGAGAUUAGAUCUAAAAAUUGGUAAAAUAGUUGAGGCUAAAAGACACCCUGAUGCUGAUUCACUGUACUUGUUACAAAUUGAGUGUGGCGAAGAGAGGCCUAGAACUGUCUGCUCUGGUUUGGUGAAGUAUGUGCCUAUUGAAGAAUUACAAGACCGAGUUGUGAUCUUACUAUGCAAUUUGAAACCUGUGAAGAUGCGAGGGGUAACAUCAGAGGCAAUGGUAAUGUGUGCCAGCAGUGAAAAUGGAGUAGAAGUGCUCAUCCCACCACCUAACAGUACUCCUGGAGAACCAGUUAUUUGCAAAGGUUAUGAAGGUACUCCUGACAGGCCAUUCAUGAACCCCAAGAAAAAGAUAUUUGAAACAGUUGCUCCCGAUCUACACACCAAUGAUAAACUUGAAGCUUGUUAUAAGGAUAGUCCAUUUGAGGUAUCUGGCAAGGGGUACUGUGUUGCAAAGACCUUGAAAAACGUCGCGGUCAAGUAAUUUGUUAGAAUGAUUUUCUUGUAUUGAUAUAUGAUCACUCAUAAUGUUCUACAAAGUGAAUAUAGCAUAACUCAACUGGUUUCCAA